AGAGGGGAAAUAUCUUGCCAGGAGCACACAGCGAGUCAGCAGCAGGAUCUGAGUGACUCGGCGCCUGCUCCACCGCUCCACGCUGCCCUCUGAGGGUGAGAGUGCUGCCACAUCCUCAGCCACCCUGAUGGUGGACACACAGGGCACAGGGCAGAGCCCCAGCUCUGCGUGGUGAAAGUAAGAAACAAGAACCAACCAUUGCCACACGCAGAAAUGUAACAUUUGUUCAGAAGCAGCUGAGAGUUUUCUACACAAGUGUAUUACUAGUGAACACGAGGUUGCUCUUCAAAGAACCAGAACUGCAUUUAAGUUACUCCUGUAUUCUGUGAAAUUUUUCAUUGAUGUAUUUGCUUCCAAUUUUGUGAACCCAUAUUUUUGUGAAAUAUAAAGCAUAUUUCAAUGGCUUAAAUAACCCACAGUGGGCAAGUAUCUGUGAAAGACUCUACACUUGUUAUAUCAUUUGAUCUUGGCUACAGCCCUAUCAAAUAGUUUGUGUUUUGCGGUUUUUGCCCCCAUUUUAAGAUAAGAAAAUGAAGGCCUGGAGAGUUUCAGAAACUUGUUCACAGUCAAGUAGUAAAUGAUGAAGCUGGGGUUUGAACCCAGCAGCCUGUCAGCAGAAUCCAGUUUAGUCAUUCAUUGCCUCUUAGAUUGCACAGACAGGAUAGACUUGAAUAUUUUUUUCAUGAUUCACUCUCCUGGUUAUAACCACCAGUUAUCGGGCUCUGUUGCAACACAAACAUACACCCAGUGAGGGGUGGUUCUUGAUAGCUAGCCUAUUUCUGGGCUUAUCUGGCUUUCCUUGGCAGUCCUUUCUUCCUACUCUCUAAGCACCAGCUAUUAGCUUCACCCUUGAAGCUUCCAGUUUGCCAACACUCAUCUGCUUUAGACAAGGACCCCAGGGAGCCAACUUAGAGUUCCAUCAAGUAAACUCUCCCUAAGAAAGAUCUCUGAAUGAGGAACUAAGAGUCUGCUGUUUACUGAGUGUAUAUUCUGUGCCAAAUUUUGGAUGUGGAUGCCUCAUGGAACCCUGCCAACAAAACCAUGGAGCAACUAUGGUUAUUCAGCCCAUUGCACACAUGAGAAAGCUAAGCGUAGGCCCAGGCUUCCAGCUCAGCAGUCGGGCUGCAGAGGCCACUUGCUUAGCCUUUGCCUUCCCUUAGGUCACAAGCCAGCACUUCUUACUCUGUCUCCAUCGGAGGAAACAGGGGCCCCCAGGGGGCGCUCUUGUGGCUGGCUGCGUCUCUGCACCGUGCUCUCAGCUGUGCUGUUAGUGACAGGUUUUUAGACCAAUAACCAACAUCAAGAAAACUUGAAGUGACAGUAUAUUAUAUUAUCAUAUAAUCCUGAACUUGACCCCAUUCUCCUGUCAUUUGUUGCCCAUUUUCUGUUUAAAAUUUCUCAUGGCUCCAGAUAGUCUGCACCCUUGGAGUGAGGGUCUCUUCCUCCUAUGUAUUUGGCAUGGUGCACACACUCAUAAAUGCCUGCUGGGCUCGGAGGCUGCAUAAGAGGGAAUAGGUAGUGUGGAAGAUCAUAAUGACGUGCCCCACUGGAUACACAAUCCGGGGAAAAGUGGGCAACGGGUUUAGCUCGCAGGUGAAUCUAUAGUGAAAACCCUUAAGACAGCCCAUUGUUUUAGUUUACAAAGAAAAAUCAUAUUGGGUGUGAGCAUAUGUGUGUGGGCUGUGGUAGGCAAGGGGGACGGAGGAGUGUGGAUAAAGGGGAGCAUGAGUUUGCAGUGACGUACUCCCCCUUCAGUCUAAACCGGGUUUCAGGUGGCUUUUCUUGAGGGCAAACAGUAAGAGAAUCCAAAUCUCUCGCCUUUUAACCUCACCAUGGGUAAGCCCUGUGGUCUUGUACAAGUCAUUUGCCUCUGGAACAGCAGUUUGGUUUUGUUUUCAGUAAAAUGAGGAGUUUUGACUAGGUGGAUGUGAAUGUUCUAAUAUCUUUCAACUCUUUCUGUUUUGUAACAGACUCCGUGUAGUUGGGGGCGAGCAGAAAAUCAAGUAACCAGGGAAACCCGUGAAUAACCUUUCAGACCAGAGAUCUAUUCUCCAGCCUCUUUGAAGUUCAAUUUAAAAAAAGAACUGUUCUCUGACUUUUUUCCCCUGCAAUAUACUUAUUCAUUAAAACUCCGCCCCCCCCCUUUCAAAAGAAACUGUGCAUUUCCUACUUUUAUGCUGUCUAUAGUUUGAUUCGCACAGCUCAGCUGGUCAGAGAAGCCGAGACAUCCGUUCCCCUGACAAGAAACUCUCCCGGGUCCAGCAAAAUGGAUUAUCAAACGUCAAGUCCAUUAUACGACAUUGAUUAUGGCACAUCAGAGCCCUGCCAGAAAGCUGACGUGAGACAGAUCGCGGCCAGGCUCCUGCCUCCGCUCUACUCACUGGUGUUCGUCUCUGGUUUUGUGGGCAAUGUGCUGGUCGUCCUCAUCCUGAUAAACUGCAAAAAGCUGAAGAGCAUGACUGACAUCUACCUGCUCAAUCUGGCCGCCUCUGACCUGCUCUUCCUCAUCACCGUCCCGUUCUGGGCUCACUAUGCCGCAGAGCAAUGGGACUUUGGAAAUACAAUGUGUCAGCUUUUGACGGGGUUCUAUUUUAUAGGCUUCUUCUCUGGAAUCUUCUUCAUCAUCCUCCUGACAAUGGACAGGUACCUGGCUAUCGUCCAUGCUGUGUUUGCUUUAAAAGCCAGGACGGUCCCAUUUGGGGUGGUGACAAGUGUGGUCACCUGGGUGGUGGCUGUGUUUGCCUCUCUCCCAGGAAUCAUCUUCACCAGAUCCCAAAAAGAGGGCUCUCACCAUACGUGCAGCCCUCAUUUUCCACCCAGUCAGUAUCAUUUCUGGAAGAAUUUCCAGACACUGAAGAUGACCAUCUUGGGCCUGGUCCUGCCGCUGCUGGUCAUGAUCAUCUGCUACUCGGGAAUCCUCAAAACCCUGCUUCGGUGUCGAAAUGAGAAGAAAAGGCACAAGGCCGUGAGGCUCAUUUUUGUGAUCAUGAUUGUUUACUUUCUUUUCUGGGCUCCCUACAACAUCGUCCUUCUCCUGAGCACCUUCCAGGAAUUCUUUGGCCUGAACAAUUGCAGUAGCUCCAAUAGGCUGGACCAAGCCAUGCAGGUGACGGAGACCCUCGGCAUGAUGCACUGCUGCAUCAACCCCAUCAUCUACGCCUUCGUCGGGGAGAAGUUCAGAAACUACCUCUUGAGGUUUUUCCGAAAGCACAUCACCAGACACUUUUGCAAGCGCUGUCUAUUCUUCCAGGGAGAGGGUCCCGAGCGAAGCUCAGGUUAUACUCGAUCCUCUGGGGAACAAGAAAUCUCUGUUGGCUUGUGACAUGGACUAGGUUUUUGUACACAGCCUGGGGGUGGCAGUGGUUUUUUAAAGGAAGGAAGUUACUGUCAUAAAGGGACUAAGAUGCAUCCACCUGUUUGGCACAUCUUUUAAGUACAUUAGCUGUUUUUUAAGCCCAUCCAUUCCAGACAGCCAAAGCAAUAUAUCUUGAUGAAAUAGACACCUUCUCUGCUCCCUGCCACAUACAUCAGUUUAUUGGCAAAUUCUCCCCUUAUUGCAAAAGUUUAUUAUUUUAAAAAGUCCCCUGAUUCUUGAAUUUGGCUACCUGCAUGGGAAUAACAGAAUUAAUCAAGAAAUAUAUUGUAUAGUUUCUUACCUGUGCAAGGCAACAUGCAGGUUGCAAAUGUGCUUAAAGUAGGUCCUUGUCUUGCUGUGGGGAGAAAAGACAUGAAUGUGAUCAGCUGAGAAAUGACAUCUUCCACGCAUGAUUUCCCCUCCCGGGUGUGGAGAAUCAGCUCCACAGAUGUUCAGGACUAGGUGGGAACCCUGUGGCCUGGUGAGAGCUGGAAAGCUUCCUCAACGAGAGGGUAUCUGCAGGGGAUCAUCUGCCGGUGGAGCAGGAGUCGAGCUGAGCUCCAGGCUGCAGGCACCGCCCGGGCAGUGUUUGGCUGUAGGAAGACAUGCAGCUGGCUGGGGAAGCCCCUGCAGAGGAAGGGGCAGGCUGGGUCCUGGCCAGCGUGGAAAGCAGCACCCAUGAAAGUCAGAGAGCAGAGCAGGGAGCGCCCUGGCCACUGUUGCUGAGGCUCCUCCCGUGGCCUGAGGAUGACCCGGACAGCAGGAGUUUGGGGCAAGGAAACUGACUGCAUGCAGGCAGGUCCGGGAGGCCCCAUUUGGGUGAGGCACUGGGGCCGGGAGAGGGGGUGUGUUUUCACAGCAGUUAGAAGGAGGGUCUGUGGAAGGGAGUCAGAAGAACCCCUACACUUCCAGUGUGCAGACUGGAGAUGCCCCCAAGAGACUUUGAGCAUGAAGGGAGGGGAAAGUGGAGGUCAAGAACAGGAGAGGUCGGUGGAAGAGGAAGGGUCCAGUGUUGUGAGCUUGAACACAGCCUUGUGUAGACACAAGCUGGGCUGUGCUCCCGCCCUCCUGCCCUCAGAGCAGUCCCUGCCCCAGCUCAAGUACCAAGGCAUCUCCAGGAGGAACACGUUUAAGUCAGCUGUGAGAUCCUGGUGAGGACUGAGUAAUAAAAAUCCAGAGCUGCACAAACAUUGAGCAAAGAGGCCCUGAAGUGAGGGAGGCUGCGGCAACCUGGUUCUGCCCGCCCAAGCACAGCACCGUUCAAGGGUCCUUUUCCAGAUUUGUCCAUCAAUAGGCAGAGAAGAGGAGGGCCACAUUCAUUUGGGAACAGAAGCUUUAAAAACCACAAAAAGUAAGCAGUUCAGCAACCUCAUGUUUCAGGUUAGCAGGGGGGCCUUCAGGGUCUUCUCCAGACAGAUCACACCCCCAGACGCUGGGGUUUGGUCACUUCAGAGAGAGAGCUACGUUCUGUGGCUCCUUUCGUUGUCUUGCACAUGCCUGGGAUUGCUUUGAACUUUGGGGUAGCUAAGAUCAUUGUAUAAAGAUUAGGUAACAAAACAUAAAGGAGUGAGGGUCACUCAAGAGACUCAGGUGGCAGAAAAAUAAGAGGUGCUAUCGACUUUUCUCAAGCUCUGAAAUAGGAAACUUGAGGGAGGCUGUCACCCCAAAAUGACUGCAAGUGCCUUUUCUUUUGCUCCUGAGGUUGCUGAGAGUACUUACAUAGCAUAUGACACUAGCCUCUGGGUCAAGUCUAAGACCUUCUGGUAUUUUGUGUGUGUGUGUGUGUGUGUGUAUGUGUGUGCAUGUGUGUGUGUGUAUGUCUAUAUAUAGAGAUAUAUACACAUAUAUAUAUGACAUUCUUAUGUAUAUAGAAAGUUAGAAAUUGCUUGAAAGAAAACAUGUACCUAAUAAAAACCACCCUUUAAAACAA